AUACUGCAGACUCCUUAGCCGCUCUGCGAUUGGAUAAUAGAAGAGAGGCGGUGUGCUUACUUUGUUUCAGGGAAGGCAUAUGUUGUCUAUUUUUUUCUUGUAUGUUAAUCUGGUCUAAAUUCAAUGAUGACAACGUUAGUUCUUGACAACGGGGCAUACACAGCCAAAAUUGGAUACAGCCACGAUAAAGUCAGUGUGAUACCCAACUGCCAGUUUCGUUCAAAAACGGCUAGACUGAAAACUUUUACUGCCAACCAACUCGAUGAAAUAAAGGAUCCUUCAGGUCUUUUCUAUAUCCUGCCCUAUCAAAAGGGGUACUUAGUGAAUUGGGAUGUCCAGAGAAAUGUGUGGGAUCACCUAUUCGGUAAAGAAAUGUUUAAGGUUGAUUUUGCAGACACUAGCAUUGUGAUCACAGAACCAUACUUCAACUUCAGUUCAAUUCAGGAGUCCAUGAAUGAGAUACUUUUUGAAGAAUAUCAGUUUCAUGCUGCCCUCAGGAUAAAUGCUGGAUCCUUAAGUGCUCAUAAGUAUUUUCAAGAAAACAGCUCAGAACUGUGCUGCAUUGUUGUGGACAGUGGUUAUUCAUUCACACACAUCGUUCCCUAUUGUCGAGGGAAAAAGAUGAAAGAUGGCAUUUGCAGGAUAAAUGUUGGGGGAAAAUUGCUUACAAAUCACUUAAAGGAGAUCAUUUCCUACAGACAGCUUCAUGUUAUGGAUGAGACACAUGUUAUAAAUCAAGUUAAAGAAGAUGUAUGUUAUGUAUCUCAAGAUUUCUACAAGGACAUGGAAAUAGCAAAGUUGAAAGGAGAAGAAAAUACCGUAAUGCUCGAUUAUGUACUCCCUGAUUUUAGCACAAUUAAAAAAGGAUUCUGUAAGCCACGAGAAGAGAUGAACUUUAGCGGAAAGUACAAGACUGGUGAGCAGAUUCUGCGUCUGACCAAUGAGCGGUAUGCAGUUCCUGAAACUCUUUUUCAUCCUUCAGACAUUGGAAUUCAAGAGAUGGGCAUUCCAGAAGCCAUUGUCAACUCUGUACAAAAUUUACCUGGAGAAAUGCAACCCCACUUUUUUAAAAAUAUUGUGCUGACUGGAGGCAAUUCACUUCUUCCUGGUUUUAGAGACAGAGUGUUUAAAGAUGUAAGAUCUCUUACUCCAACAGAUUUUGAAGUCUCUGUGGUUCUGCCUGCAAAUCCAAUAUGCUACUCUUGGGAAGGUGGAAAAUUGCUGUCUGAGAAUCCAGAUUUUGAUGAAAUGGUUAUAACAAGAGAUGAUUAUGAAGAAAAUGGACACUACAUAUGCGAAGAGAAAUUUGACAUUUAAUGUAUUUUCGAUUUCUAUUGAAAUUAAACUUAAUACAAUCACUUUUCUCAAUAUUUAGUUAUAGUUUAUAUUUUCAGUUGUAAAAAACAUACAGAUACAUGCACUGAAACUUGGCAUUUCAGUUUGUAUUGAAUGUAGGCUGCAAGGGUUUUGUCAUUUUGUAUUUUGUCUUU